AAGAUGUAUUAAAUUAAAAUUAACCUCUCUUCAUGUCUGUCGGCAAAUUACAAUUUUGAAAGUUUCUUCUGAAUUUAUUUAUAUAGUUGUCAGUACACGUUAAAUUUAUUGUUCUGGUUUGAUUUUCAUUAUAGUGUAAUUUUUCUAGAACGUCAUGGCUUCAGCCAAAUUUCGAGAUCCUGGAAAUUUGGAUAAAUCAAUGCUGGUUACAUCCUUUUUGAAGGUUAAGGGAUUAGUGAAACAACAUAUCGAUUCAUUUGAUUAUUUAAUCAGGAAAGAUAUAAAAAAGAUAGUAGAAGCCAAUAGCAAAGUUAUUUGUGAUGCUGAUCCAUCAUUUUAUGUCAAGUACACAAAUGUUUAUGUUGGAACUCCGGAUGUCAAUGAAGGUUUUAAUAUCAGUAAACCUACCACACCACACGAAUGUCGAUUAAGGGAUAUGACCUAUUCAGCACCCAUUUUUGUAGACAUAGAGUAUACUAAAGGUUCUAGAAAAGUUACUAAAAGUGGAAUAAUGAUUGGAAGAAUGCCUAUAAUGUUGAAAUCUAGUAAUUGCGUCUUGAGAGAUAAAUCUGAAUUUGAGUUAAGAAAAAUGAAUGAAUGUCCUUUAGACCCUGGUGGUUAUUUUAUUGUUAAAGGUCAAGAAAGAGUUAUACUCAUUCAAGAACAGCUCUCCAGAAAUAAAAUCAUUAUUGAGAAAUAUGAUAAUCAAAUACAGUGUGAGGUCACUAGCUCGACUCAUGAAAAGAAAUCAAGAACUACAUUGUUUAAAAAGGGAAAUAAAUAUUUUUUGGGACAUAACACAUUUACCGAGCCUAUAUCCGUAGCAAUUAUUUUCAAAGCAAUGGGUAUUGCAGAAAUUAAAGAAAUGGCCUUCUUGAUGGGAUUAGAAGAUAUGUUCAAGUGGGUACCAACUUUGGAAGAUUGUUUCAAUGAGGAUAUUCACUCAACUCAAGAUGCUUUGAAAUAUUUAGGAUCAAAACUGGUGGCCAAAAGAUAUGUUACCCAUGCUAGCAGAGUGAAAGCUCCAGAAGAUGAAGCAAGGGAGCUGUUAGCUACCACAAUAUUAGCUCAUGUACCUGUGGUAGAUUACAAUUUCACAUUGAAAAGUGUGUAUUUAGGGGUUAUGAUGAAACGAGUUAUGGCAGCCGAAACCAAUCCAAAAUUUUUGGAUGAUAGGGAUUUUUAUGGUAACAAAAGAUUGGAAUUAGCAGGAUCCCUACUUUCCCUUAUGUUCGAAGAUCUUUUUAAACGUUUCAAUACGGAUUUGAAGAUGAUUGCAGAUAAAACUCUUACUAAAGUCAGAGCAGAACCAUUCGAUAUAGUCAAGUACAUGAAAUCGAAUCUCAUAACACUUAGUCUUGUGUUCGCUAUUUCAACUGGUAAUUGGACAAUUAAAAGAUUCAGAAUGGAAAGAGCAGGAGUCACUCAAGUUCUUUCAAGAUUGAGCUAUAUAUCUGCUCUUGGUAUGAUGACUAGAGUCAAUUCACAGUUUGAAAAGACAAGGAAAGUAUCGGGUCCAAGAUCUCUUCAUCCAAGCCAAUGGGGUAUGCUGUGCCCAUGUGAUACUCCGGAAGGAGAGGCUUGCGGUCUUGUCAAGAAUUUAGCGUUGAUUGCCCAUAUAACGACAGAAGGAAAUGAAGAACCUUUGAAGAAUUUAGCAUAUUGUACCGGAGUAAUAGAAGUAGGCUUAGUCCAUACUUGCAGGCUACAUCACGAGAACAAUUGGAUGGUUUUCUUAAACGGAAAUAUAAUUGGUACAACCUUGAAUUGGAAACGACUUGUAAUGACAUUCAGAAAAUUUCGAAGGAGGGGCGAAAUUACCAAAUUUGUAUCUAUUUAUCCCAAAGUUUUUCAAAGAUGUGUUUACAUUUGUUCUGAUGGAGGCAGAUUGUGUAGGCCCUAUGUAAUUGUUGAAAAUGGAAAAUCAUUGGUUACCCAAAAUCAUUUGGAUGAUCUCAAAAAAGGGCUCAGAACAUUCGAGGAUUUCUUGAAUGAUGGACUUAUCGAGUACCUUGAUGUUAAUGAAGAGAAUGAUGUUUUGAUCGCCUGCUAUGAAACUGAUAUUAUUGCAGAAACCACACAUUUGGAAGUUUCUAACUUCGCUCUUUUAGGGGUUUGUGCAGGCUUGAUUCCCUACCCUAAUCACAAUCAAAGUCCAAGAAACACUUAUCAAUGUGCCAUGGGCAAGCAGGCAAUGGGUGCCAUAGGUUAUAACCAACAGAUGAGAAUGGAUACAUUGAUGUAUAACUUAGUGUAUACACAAAGGCCCUUAGUGAAGACAAAGAGUAUUGAACUAACCAAUUAUGAUAAGCUGCCUGCUGGCCAUAAUGCAGUAAUCGCUGUUAUGUCCUACAGUGGUUAUGAUAUAGAAGAUGCCUUGGUGCUGAAUAAAGCUUCACUCGACAGGGGUUUUGGCAGGUGUCUUGUCUAUAAGACCACUAAAUGUAUCAUGAAAAGAUAUGCCAAUCAAACCUUCGAUAGAAUCCAAGGGCCACUAAUAGAUACCACAACCAAUAGACCAGCUUGGCAACACGAUGCAUUAGAUGCUGACGGUAUAGUAGCACCUGGAGAAAUCGUUAAAGACAAACAGGUUUUGGUGAACAUGUCAACUCCCUUAGCUCAAACUACACCUGGUGUCAGUACCGCACCAGUAGAAUAUAAAGAUAUUCCCGUAAAUUACAGGAAUAUAGAAUCUAGUCAUGUUGAAAAAGUUAUGAUAUCUACAAAUGAAGAUGAUAAUACACUCAUAAAAAUUUUGCUCAGACAAACAAGAAGGCCAGAAAUUGGUGACAAGUUCAGUUCAAGACAUGGACAGAAAGGAGUAGUUGGUCUUAUAGUGGAACAACAAGAUCUGCCGUUCAAUGAAUAUGGUAUGAGCCCAGACAUAAUUAUGAACCCUCAUGGAUUUCCAUCUAGAAUGACAGUAGGGAAAUUGAUAGAAAUAUUAGCUGGUAAAGCCAGUGCAGUGGAAGGUAAACUUAAUGAUGCAACAGCUUUCGAGGGUGUUCAACCACCUGAGCUUGGCGAGAUACUAAAAAAACAUGGCUAUAAUUACCAAGGAAAGGACAUCUUUUAUUCGGGAACUACUGGAGAGCCACUACAAGCUUAUAUUUAUUCUGGAGUUGUGUAUUACCAGAAACUCAAGCAUAUGGUACAAGAUAAAAUUCAUGCUAGGGCAAGAGGUCCAAGGGCUAUGCUAACAAGACAGCCUACAGAAGGAAGAAGUAGGGAUGGUGGUUUGCGUUUGGGAGAAAUGGAACGGGAUUGCAUUAUAGGUUAUGGAGCAUGCCAAUUAUUGAAAGAGAGACUAUGUAUUUCUAGCGAUCAAUGUGAUGUUGAUGUUUGUGAUAAUUGUGGAAGAUUGGCUGAAAAUGGAUGGUGUCCAAGUUGUGCCAGUUCCAAGGAUGUAUGUACCAUCAAAAUGCCUUAUGCAGCCAAAUUAUUAUUCGUAGAGCUUCAAUCAAUGAAUAUUUCACCUAGACUGGAACUUAAACCUUAUUGCAGUUAGUUAGAUUUAGUGUUUAAACUUAUUUCAUGGGAGAGAUAAUUCCAGGACCUAUAUUCUCAUAGGUUACAUUUUACAUGUAUAUGUAAAUAAUAAUAAGUGUAUAAUAAUGAUAUGUAUAUAUGUAAAAAUAUUACUUCAUGAGAGUAUGCAUUGAAGUUAAUAAAUAGUGA